CUGUGAAUCUCUGAGGUCUCUGAUAACAAGGGUAAAUAUCAAGUUCUCUAGGGACCCCAAAUGUAACUAGUCCAUACACACGAACAAAACUCUAAUACAACCAUAAACUAACGCCCACUCAACUGGCGUGUAGGUGUGGAAACGACGACACGAAAAGAGACGAGACGAACCCAUCUGCCUAUCGAUAAAGACAAAACCAAAAAAUGGCCACUACGCAGCUGUCCCAGAGGCCUCGAACAAUGAAAAAGCUUGAGAAACCGCGUCCCUUGAAAAUCCAACAACGACACUCAGCAAUCGAUGGGAGGAUAACGACAGCAGAGGACCUGGUAUCUCUGAUUGACAAUGUCGUAUCACACCUGACAAAUGGCUUCCAUGAUCCAUCACUUCAGCCAAAUAUUGUGACAAUGUGCAAUGCAUUGAAACACUGUGCGCCACAACUCGAGGCUGUCUAUAAAGAUCAACUCGACAGGGCAUUUGUUGCUAUCAGGAAUGGAAGUCAGGACGAAAGACUCGAUUUGACGACCAGGGUUCAUUUGCUUGAACUCAUCGAGCUCAGGGCGAAGCAGUGGCGUCACAGCGACUCCAUGGAUGCUUACUACACUCAGAAAUUAGCCAAUUUGGAUGAUUUUGAUGUCGGUAUUCUUGAGAUACCUACUGCACCAAUUGCUAGCAAUCUCAUGGGCCUGUCGUCUUCACAAACACCAUCUGUCCUGAGCAUUAGUGAUGUUAUUAAGAACAGCGGCAAGUUCACUAAGCCCACCCGUAUUCCUGGUAAAAAUUACUGCAAGGAUGAAGUCGUUAUUCGCAAUAGCGAUUCUGGAAAAGUGAUGGGCAUAAAAGGGAGACGGGUACACAUGAUCGAAGAGCUCAGCGAGACGAUCAUCUCCUUCCAGCGAGUGAAUCCUGGAGCCAAAGAACGACUUGUCCAAAUAACGGGAACUUCCGAGGACAAGAUACAUUACGCCAAGGAUUUAAUCAAAGACACGAUACAACGAAACGCUUCUCCAGUGCGCUUGGAGCACGUUGGGGUAGAAAAAGGUGGAAUUGGAGGGUCGAGUUCCUCAUUGAACAGCAGCGCUUCUGACGAGAGUAAUCGUCUGCAUCAGCAACAGCAGAAUCAGCACACGACUCGUCUGCGAUCAUCCCUGCUGCACAGUUUAUCGACAAACGACGCCAGUAUUGGUGAAUACAAAUACACGAUUACUGUGGGUAAUCAAGCGCUCAAGAUAACCGGAUGCAACCACGAUCUUGUUCGAACAGCGAAAUUGGUUCUCGAUGAGCACUUUUCCCGAUGGACAGACGAGGCUACGCAAUUCACCAGUGGAAUUGAAUUUUUCAACUUUGAUGAGGAGGUUGGUUAUCCUUCUCCAAAUUCCGUUAGCUCUAAUUACAAUUCAGGUGGAAAUUUGAAUUUCAACACGAGAGAGACAAGUAUGGAAAACACUAAUACACCGAAGAGUGAAGAGACCUACAAGCCACAGCAGAUUGUAAAGAAUGUGACUCCCAAAAAGACAAAUGAGAAUCGGGAGUUGACUUAUGAAUUUUUACUGCUCUGUGCAACCGGCCCCUAUGCCAAACGUCCACCAGCUGAUUGGGACAGAAUUCAAAAAGAAUGUCCAACAAUCAUUCGUAAGGUAGAGUCACGACACUCAACUGGCAGCUGUGCUUUUAUUAACUCGCAGAUUGGAUUUUCUAACGGUUCAAUCGACGAUCGUAUCUUUUACCAAAACCACUGCGAUCGUCAUCGUGUCUCAUACUAAGACAUUUUUUUAUAUUUUCCUGCAUUCCAAUCAUAUCAUUAUUUUAAUUCUUCAUUAAGUGUUGUAGCAUAAAUAAUUCAUAUUAUCUUUGCCAUUCUGCUUUUACUCUCUCAAUUCUAAGCAGAAGUAUUAUUUUUUUCUUUAUGUUUUUUAUUACAAGUGCGUAACGUUUAACAUUGAUUGGCUUAUUAUUUUACCGUGGUGUUCUUUGAUUUCAAUCACUGAAAUCACAAUUUAAAAGUUGACUAGUAGAUAAUUUGGGCAAGAAGAGAAGUAUACUCGAGAUAUUGAUGAUCUUGAGAUACUUUCUCUAUUAUAUAUUUUGAAUCUCUUAAUUUUCUCAUAUUUUUCUUUUAUUAUUUGAAUACUCAUUCAUUAACUCUGCAGUGACGUGGUAACUGUUUUGUUCAUUGAGUUCACCAAAUUCAUCGAAAAUUAAUCGAUUUAGAGCGAAACGUUGAGAGACCUCUGCAAGCCAAGAAUUGCAAAAAAAAGUUUUUCACCGUUUUAUUCUAAAUCACUAUUUUUUAAAGACAUUGGCAUGAUAAUCUACAAAUUUAUUUGUUCUGAAAUGAUCUGCACCACCUCGCUAUUGAAUUAAUAAUUAAUUAUGGACGUAUUCUCAAUUCGUUAUUCCAAUACAAGAAUCGAUAAUUUCGUGAGUUAGAAAUUUUCGAGCCUGAAAUUAACCAUUUGAAAGACUUGUGAUAACCUAGUGAUUCUCUCAAUUCGAAUGAGUCAAUCUUUUGAAAUCGAAUUGAAUUUGUACUUAAAAGUGAAGGGAAUGAUUGGUAUUUGUACCUGGGGAGGAUAAAGGGCUACAUUUUCUUGAAGAUGUCGCAAAUUGCAGCAUCAAAGUGGAAAAAAAACCAAAGUUAUCAUAAAAAUUAUUAAGACAAAGUAUUUUGAUGCAAAAUAAAUCAAAAAUUUAAUUAAACAGAUAUUAGCUCUAAUAUAUCGUUAAUUACGAUAUUACCAUCAGUUUGAAAUAAACCCGUAAAUCUAAAGAGAAAAGCGUGUGACGAAAAAUAAAAACAUUGAUUUAGGAUCAACAAAAAUGGUGGCAAAUCAAAUGUUUAACUGAUUAAUAAGAUGCUGUGAGAGUUUGUUGAUUAACAUUGAUUUUGUGAUAUCGUAUACAAUAAAACUAAUUUCACUUGA